CUCUCUCUCUUUUUUUGCUUGUGAACGGGACAACUCCGUCAUCAAUCCGCAGCAAACAAUGGCUUCUAACGCAGAAGAUUUUAUAGGCAGAUGGCGCCUGAUCAAAAGUGAAGGCUUUGACGAGUAUAUGAAAGCAUUGGGCGUGGGACUUCCUAUGAGGAAGAUGGGAGCCUUAGCCAAGCCAGAUGUUGUCAUCAAGAAAGAAGGAGAUACAUACCAUGUGAGAACAGAAAGCACGUUCAAAACGCAUGAAUUCAGCUUCAAAUUAGGAGAGAAAUUUACUGAAGAGACGCUAGAUGGCCGGAAAACUCAGACCCUUAUCACCUUAGAUGAUAAUGUAUUGACCCAGCACCAGGCGUGGGACGGCAAAGAGACCACAAUAAGAAGAAAGAUAGUCGAUGGGGAAAUGAUCGUGGAAUGUGUCAUGGGUGAUGUCAAGUGUACCAGAGUCUACCAGAAAGCAUGAAGACACUGACUUCCAGUUUGGAUUGACAAUUAGUGACAGACAGUUCAGUUCCAGGAACUAAUCUUAAUCUCUGUUUCAUAGUUCUUAUCUCUUCUCUUCCAUUUUAGUCUUUUUUUAAAAGCACCUUGGAGGAAUCCGUACAGUAUACAAUUAAAUUUCAAGCCCUUGAUGUAACUACUGAGAAUGAUUAAACCUGAAAAUUU